GGGGGGGUGGAGGAAAACCGCAGCGCUGGUGGUUUGUCGGUGUUGGCUGGAAGGCAGCACCCACGCGAGACCGCUCCGGCCACCGCUCGCCGCAUCUCUGGCAGGGGAAAGUGGAGCUUUCCGGGUUUCGCACCCUCUCGCCACCGCUCUGGAUUGUGCCCGGGGGCCCAGCUGGGGUUUGGGGGGGCCCAUUGCGAGAUGUACCAGAGUUUAGCCAUGGCGGCUAACCCCGGCCCCCCGGCAUACGAGGGGGCAGCUGGCUUCAUGCACAGUGCGGCCGCAGCGUCCCCCGUCUAUGUGCCCACCACGAGGGUCACCUCGAUGCUCCCCAGCCUGCCUUACCUCCAGAGCAGUGGCUCUUCCCAGCAAGGCAGCCCCGUCUCCAGCCACUCCAUCUGGACUCAGCCCGGAGCCGAAAGUGCCGCUUACAACCCCGGAUCUUCUCACCCGCCUGUGUCACCUCGGUUCUCCUUCUCCACCAGCACCCCCAUCCCUGCCACCUCUUCCCGGGAGGCCGCGGCGGCUUACAGCAGCUCCUUGAGCCUUUCUGCUAACGGGAGGGAGCAGUACAGCAGGGGCUUCAGCAGCUCCUACUCCAGCCCUUAUCCAGCUUACAUGAGCCCCGAAAUGGCCACGACCUGGACUUCCUCGCCCUUCGACAGCCCCAUGCUACACAACCUGCAGAACAGAGGGACGCCCGGGGCCGCCAGGCAUGCCAACAUCGCAGAAUUUUUUGAUGAUUACUCAGAGGGGCGAGAAUGUGUCAACUGUGGAGCCAUGUCCACCCCACUCUGGAGAAGAGAUGGCACGGGGCACUACCUCUGCAACGCCUGUGGCCUCUACCACAAGAUGAAUGGCAUCAACCGGCCCUUGUUCAAACCUCAGAGGAGACUGUCAGCUUCCCGCCGUGUUGGCCUCUCUUGUGCCAAUUGCCACACAACGACAACUACACUCUGGCGCAGAAAUGCGGAGGGAGAACCAGUCUGUAAUGCCUGUGGACUCUACAUGAAGCUCCAUGGGGUUCCAAGGCCUUUAGCAAUGAGAAAAGAAGGCAUUCAAACAAGGAAGCGUAAGCCAAAGAACCUUAACAAAUCAAAGACACCAGCAGGUGCAUCCAGCAGUGAGAGUCUUACUCCAACUACCAGCUCUGCCAGUAGCAGCAGCAGUGCCACGACCACUGAGGAAAUGCGCCCCAUAAAAACGGAACCAGGGCUCUCAUCUCAUUACGGGCACCCCAGCCCAAUUUCUCAGGCAUUCUCAGUCUCUGCUAUGUCUGGACAUGGAUCUUCUAUUCACCCUGCGAUUUCAGCCCUGAAGCUUUCCCCUCAGGCUUACCAGUCAGCCAUCAGCCAGUCUCCACAGACUAGCUCCAAACAGGACUCCUGGAACAGCCUGGUCUUAGCUGAAAACCAUGGGGACAUCAUAACUGCAUAAGCUGGUCUUCCACCCAUGGACUUUGGGCUGAUCUGCUUGAGAGACAAAGAAGAUGCCAUGUAAUAAUCAAGUCAAUGUUGUUGCCUGCCUCCCCUGCUCUCCUGACUUCCCUUCUCUUGUGAGAUGUUCCAGGAAAGAGGUAAAGAGGACUUCUUGGAGGUGUAGGAGAGCUCUUACAAAACAGAGAAGACUCAAAUCUCAAAGUAGCUAAUGGAUUUGAAACAGUUUUUCCCCUUUAAAGAAAUAUCUCUUUAUCUGACUGUCACUGCCUCUAAUGAAAUAGCCAGAAGAAAAGAUAGACACAGUUGUUGGGUUUCGUUUAUUUGAAAACAUCGACGAUCCAGAUGAUGGUGGCACAAAGACACUUUUUUUCUUCUUUCACCAUCCAUUAGUUUCCUGACCAGAAGAAAACACCAUCAUCUCCUCAUCAUCCAAAAUCAGUGAUCCGCCACUGAAUGGAGCCAGUAGAGUUUCUUGCACAGACUUUACUAGAUGUGUUAUGGUGGAUUCAAUGGAGUUGAUAUGACAAACUAGGGCAAGAAAGAAAGAGAAACCCCCACAAAACCCCCCAGAAAUCUCAGCUCACACACCUAGAGUGUGUCUUCAUUUUCUUAAAUGGUUUCAAAACCAUAAUGAAUGCCUGUAUUUAAUAAUAACUCUUUUCCUAUUUAUCAUUACAAAACCAUUGGAUUGUGUUUCCAAAAGGUUGUUGGCUGAGCCUGGAGAAGGUCUGUCUGUCUGAAAUCAGGAGGGGAUUUUGGAAGGAAAAACCUUCUGGAAACAGGUAGAAAAACAUUGGUUAUCAAAUCCUGAAGAAAAUUGUUUGGCUGUUCCCUUAGGGAUACCUACAAGCCAGGCCUUCCCUUAGGGAUAGCUACAAGCCAGGCCUGGAGAUUACUCUAGAGCACAGCAAGUGAAAGUUGCUCUUCUAAUGCUGCUGUGCUGUUGCUUUAGAGACAUUUAUUUUAAUUAUUUUUUCACUCUUUUCUGUUGUUUUUGCUGCCAUUGAUGAAAUCUGAUUGCCAUUUAUUUGUGGGUAUACUAUGAGUGCCUUCUUUACUCUCAAUAGCUGGGCCAUGACCAUCUCCAAUGUCUAACCCUUAAGGAUUUCACUUUCUGCAACAAACAACAGGAUUCUUCAUCUUUGGGAUCUUCAGCUCUCUAAUGGAGGCAAGCAAGGGUCAUUUUCUUUAUGAAGCAUUUGCAUAGACUUGCUUGCCUACAAAAGAAGCAUAACUCCUUUAUGCAUGAGUAUUAAACAAGAGACUGGUGUUCACACUUGCUCCUAAGGCUCUCAGCAACCACAGAAUCCUAGAAAAUUGAGCUGGAAGGGAUGCUGAGAGGUCGCUGGCUUAUUCCCUUGUACUAAAGGGAUAAAUUCUACCUAAGCUAUCCCUAGCUGCUAUUUGUCUAGCAUGUGCUUAACAAACUCCAGUAAUGCAGAUGACACAGCCCCCUGUGCAAUCUUUCUCAAUGCUUCUCUAGAUGCUUGCCAGGAUGUUCUCAUCAACAUCUCCAAGGAAGGCCAGGCCUGCCUGUCUAGGCAGAGAUUUUUUGGGAGACUUUUCAUCCUGUAUGCUUCUCCAUUCUUCUUUCUGUCCACUCCCAGACUCUCUGAUCCUUCCUCUUACUUUCCCAGUUCUUCUCUUCCCUAUUUGCACUCAGAACUUGAGUAUGGAACCACAAAGUGAAAAUCUAGAAGAGGAAUUGUGCACCCCCUGAAAUGUGCUGAAGUAUGUAAAGUCCUCCGUCUCUUGCUAUUGAACAUUUCCAGAAAAUGGGUUACCAAUGAAAUACCAAGGUACAUGGCUUGGGGAGGAGGAAAGCCACGCACAUGACUGACGCAAAAGAAUGGCAUUGUAUUACCUUUGAGCUUUCCUUUUUUCCCUGAUGGUAGAGAUUUUUUUUUUUUAAGGGGAAGCAUGCAACUGGAGUGGUCUUGAGAGGGACUAUGGGGAGUAGAGACACAGUAGAGGCUUGGACCCCUCCACAUUAUCUCUGCUUUGAGUAGUAACUUAGAUUCACAGAGUUUUGGAGGGGUAACAAUGUCUCUGUGCUUCUCAGAAAAGAGCAUGGCAGUGAUGCCAUGGGGCUUGCAGGACAGUGGUAUUAACACCUUUAGGGUCUUCUGGUGGGCUUCUCUGCAGGAAGCAUUGUCCUGACAUUUACAAGGAGUGAUGUUCACUGGCGCAUGGGAAUGAAGCCCAAGAUCUGGGAGGCUUUUCAAUCUGUCACUGCUAAGGUGCCCACAGAGUUUAUGCUCUGUCUUGCUGAGACUAAGGCAGAAUCUACCCUCAUGAGUGUGCUUAUUACAGAUAAGGAAGAGGUAGUCAAUGAAACAUGAAUAAAAUGUUAUAAUGAAAUUCUGUGAGGCUGCUGAGGCCCGAUAGGCCAUUGAGAAGAAGUCAGGAUAUGACUCAACAUUCUGUUGACUUGUGUGAGCCUUGUAUCAGGCCCCUGGAGAUUUAAUUAAGAGUAAGGAUAAAGGGAAGAUAAUGAAAAAAGACUCCAUUCAGAAAAGUUACAAGUUCAAACAUACAGGAAGAAAUAGCAUGAAGAAUAUGAAUUUGAGGUGAAGACAUAAAGACAUUUCUCCCCAAGCACACAGGUCUUUAGUCAGCCUCCUUCUUUAACUAUAGUCCUUAGUAUCUGGCAGCUGAGCUCUCUUGGGAUCUGGCUGUGAAUUCCUGUUCAUGACAGGAUGUCCACCCAGAUACCACUUGACACAUGCCCACAUUUUGGGACACUUGAAUCCAUUGUGGGCAAUCUGAGAGGGAGGGAAGCAGAUGGCCUUUUGGAGAGGAGCUAAGAUCCAGACCAAACACAUGUAGCAUUUCUCUUUCCAUGCUGAUGGUCCCAGGUGCUCUGUCUACCUUGCCCUAUUACUGUGCUCCUCCUACUGCCCUCAAAGCCAAUGCCUUGGCAGAAAUUCUUUAUUGCCCUUAAUACAUACUCUGAGGUGUCAUAAAGGAAUCUUUUUGAAAUGUGAGAGGGAAAAUCCCCCACAAGACAUCAGCCUGGCUCAUGCCCCCUCAGGUUAUCUAGACAACCAUGGCAGAGCUAUAUUAACUGGUUCUUGGCCUUCCUUAAAGACAUGGUUCUUAUAAAACAAUGAGCAGCAUUUACAAGGACCCUGAUAACAAGACAGAUACCUACUUUGAAAAGAUGGGUCUCUGGAGCUGUGAGGACAGUUUGGUUCUCCUGAAUGGUAGAAACGAACUCUUUUGUCCCUCCUUUCCCACUACAUACAGCAGAAGUUCAGAUUCUCCUGGUUUUGUCUUUCUUUUGAUUCACUCAAAACUGUUGCAGAGCUAUUGCUGAUCCAGAACCUUUGGCUACACUCUGGCCAAUACUGCUAUUAAGAUGGUGACUGACCUCAGAUGGAGUACCAUUGUGCUAGGUGCUAUACAAACACACUGUGGUUAGAUGGGUCCUCUCCUAGGGAACUUGUAGUCACAGCAUUAAAGAAUAAUUUAAGUCAGAAGAGACUAGAUCAGGUUGUUCAGAGACUGAUCAGUCAAGUUUUGAAUAUUUCCAAGGAUGGAAAACCCACAACCUCUCCAAGUUUCAGUUCCAGUGUUUGACCACCCUCAUGUUAGGUGGUCCUGCCAUUAUUUUCCAGAUAAAUGUUAGACACUAGGAAAAGACAAAACUAUUGAGAAAUUAAUUACUCAGGCUGAAGAGUCCCAAGUAACAACUCUUUACUGCAGAAGGCUGAACAUUGGCUGCAAACCCAGGAGUCGCACAGAGCCCCUUCAGUAGGUAGGAGCUGGAAUGGCCAACACAGGAUGAGAAAUACUGCAAGUGACAGAUCUGGGGUUACUCACAGGACAUACUAUAAAGUGAGGGGAUGGGAGUGCUACCAUUUUCAGUGGAUUCAGCUCAUUCCAGCAAGAUGGCCACCUUACAAAAUUUGGGGUUACAUCCGAGCACUGUUUUCCUUCAAAUGAUGAGGGAGCUUCAGAACCUGAGGCUUUAUUCAUGCAUUUAGAUGCAAUUAUUUAAGACUCUUCAGGGCAAUAUUAUUAUUGCUGUUGUUGCUAUUAUUACUGUAGUAAUUUAUUCCACUGCAUUGUGGCUGGAGGUCCUAGUGACUGGGCCAGGUCCUACAUAAAUACAGAACUGAAAAUCAUGCCUGCCCUGAGGAGUAAGAGGGAAGGGCCCAGUCCUGCAUAACACUUAAGCCCAUAUAUAAAUGUCCUCGAGAGAACCGUUCCCUUAGAGGUCACCAUUAAUCACAGAUGUAAAUGUUGGUACCUAACGAUUUUCAGUAUAAGGUUUGAAUGUGCAAACAGUCGAAUCAGACCUUUGCUACGGACCAGUGGUCACCAGUGUGAGAUAGACAGGUAAGAAUCAGGAUGGGGAGCCAGAAAGGUAGAAAGAUCAUUAACCAUUUCUAAAUUUCUUUCCUCUUCACAAAAGUGCAAUAUCCUGAAUUGCUUCAGUUCUUAUUUAUAUAAAUUGAACAGAAGAGUUCCAUAUUUCACUUGCAAUCUUGUGGGCUGAUUGGACCCUCUCCAGUCAGGAGGAGCUCAGGAAUAUUGUAAGGGAGCUUUAAUACCGAUCAACAUUUCUUAAUACAACUCUGAAGCUGUGACUAUGUCAGGAGUGGUGUUUUGUUUUGCUUUUUUUUCAUGUAUAAAGUUUGAAGCUUCCCAGGUCAGCUGGGAAGGUCCCACAAAAGCAGACACUUAUUUGUAACGGGGAGGGCAAAACCAACCAACCAACUGAACAAGCUGUAAUUAUUUAAAGAUGUAAAAAAAUAUAUAUUAUGAAGUAGUAUGGCUACCAAUCCACAUAACUUCUACACCUUUAGAACUAAUGGAAAUAAAACAACGAUAAUAAAACUGAA